AUGCUGCCCUGGAGACGUAACAAAUUCGUGCUGGUGGAGGACGAGGCCAAGUGCAAGGCGAAGAGCCUGAGUCCCGGGCUCGCCUACACGUCGCUGCUCUCCAGCUUCCUGCGCUCCUGCCCGGACCUGCUGCCCGACUGGCCGCUCGAGCGCCUGGGCCGCGUGUUCCGCAGCCGGCGCCAGAAAGUGGAGCUCAACAAGGAGGACCCCACCUACACCGUGUGGUACCUGGGCAACGCCGUCACCCUGCACGCCAAGGGCGACGGCUGCACCGACGACGCCGUGAACAAGAUCUGGGCGCGCUGCGGGCCGGGCGGGGGCACCAAGAUGAAGCUGACGCUGGGGCCGCACGGGAUCCGCAUGCAGCCGUGCGAGCGCGGUGGCGCCGGCGGCUCCGGGGGCCGCAGGCCGGCACACGCCUACCUGCUGCCGCGCAUCACCUACUGCACGGCGGACGGCCGCCACCCGCGCGUCUUCGCCUGGGUCUACCGCCACCAGGCUCGCCACAAGGCCGUGGUGCUGCGCUGCCACGCCGUGCUGCUGGCGCGGGCGCACAAGGCGCGCGCCCUGGCCCGCCUGCUCCGCCAGACCGCGCUGGCGGCCUUCAGCGACUUCAAGCGCCUGCAGCGCCAGAGCGACGCGCGCCACGUGCGCCAGCAGCACCUGCGCGCGGGGGGCGCCGCUGCCUCGGUGCCCCGCGCCCCGCUGCGCCGCCUGCUCAACGCCAAGUGCGCCUACCGGCCGCCGCCGACCGAGCGCGGCCGCGGGGCGCCGCGCCUCAGCAGCAUCCAGGAGGAGGACGAGGAGGCGGCGGAGGACGUGGAGGAGCGCCAGGGAGAAGCCCCCCAGCGCGAGCGGCCUGAGGUGCUCAGCCUGGCCCGGGAGCUGAGGACGUGCAGCCUGCGGGGCGCCCCGGCGCCGCCACCGCCGCCGCCGCCGCCGCCGCCGCCGCCGCCCGCGCAGCCCCGCCGCUGGAAGGCCGGCGCCAGGGAGCGCGCGGGCCAGGCGCGCUGA